CAACAACAUAUCCCACAAUGCACCUUUCCUACAUGCUCGUAAAGGAAAGUGCGCAAAUUUAGCCCUUAGACAUGCUAUAAGUGCGAUUAUUUAACAUUAUCUUUAGUUCGCACGCGAGGCAUUACCCGUUGAACUAAGUAGGAAAGCAUGCAGUUUCCAGAGGAUUUUAACCAACUGGAGCUCCUAGACACACAUGGGCACCUGAUCCCCCGGGGUACGAGCAGCCUGUGGACAGGCAGUGAAGAGGAGGAGGAGACGGAUGAUGAGAGAGGAGAGCGCCCCGAGGAGUGGUACCUGCAAAAGGAGUCAUUGCUCAAAGACAAACCCCAGGAACUUAUAUUAUGGGCUGCAGAAAACAAUCGACUCUCCACUGUCAACAGCCUCUUGGCCACUGACGCUGCACUCGUCCACUGUAGUGAUGAGGAUGGAUACUCGCCACUCCAUCGCGCGGCAUAUGGUGGCCAUGUUGACGUGGCCUCAGCCCUUCUUCACUCCUACGCCAGAGUGAACGCUCGCACUGCUGACGGCUGGACGCCUCUGCACAGCGCCUGUCGAUGGAACAGAGUGACCAUGGCCAGUCUCCUGCUGCGCCACGGGGCAAAACUGAAUGCACAGACAAACGGAGGACUGACCCCUCUCCAUUUGGCCGCUUCAAACCCAGACUCUGCCCUCACACUAGAGCUCCUUUUAUCCCAGCGGCACUUGAACGCAUCACUCCGCAGCAGCAGUGGGGAGACGGCCAGUCAAGUGGCACAGCGCAGUGGACCUCAUUACUACCUGUUUGAAAUGGUCGAAGAGUGUGUCAGUGUUUUACCAUCACAUACAUAAAUACCAUGGUCAGUGAGAAUCCCAAUGGCUAACACACAAGUAGUCCAGCUACUAACUGUGGAUAGAAUCUAGUAACAUUAUUUAAAACAUUGACAAAACUGAUAUUUUGGACAUUUACAGAAAGGGAUUAGGUUUUAACAUUCACAAAUGAGACAUUUCAGUUAAUAGCUGUGAUAGAAGCGUAUUAUACAACCAGGAGCUGUGCGUUGUGCAGUUUUAAUGCACUUUGCUUCGCGUUGUGGUGUUAAAACUGUAUAACACACAGAUCCUCAUUGUUUAAUGUGCUUAUACCACAGCUACAAACUGAAAUCUCACCUGUGAAUUUGAAAGCCUGUUCACUGUCUGUAAAUGUGUCAGUGUUAUCUUGUUAAUGUUAUUUCAGUGUUGAAAUGAAUGAAAUGAAAUGCUUUUGUGAUUAAUUUUAUCUGAUUGAAAAUAAAUUUGUCACUCACUGUUUUUGUGAGCUUUUCAUCAAGUAGUCCUUCUAAAAUACAAUAUGUACCCAUUUAAACUCUUUCAAAGCAUUCAGACUCCACUUACACUCCAUUUUCUUUUACUUUGAAUUCAUGUUAACAUGUUGAAAUCAAUCCAUAAGUUAACAUUUGUAAUUAUUUGUUGUGAGCAACUUGUUUGCCUUGACAUAUUGUUAUGACAUCUUCAACCUGCAGCUAGAAGAACUAUGCAAAGAAGUUCUUUUCUGGACAUGUUUUCAAUCCAGAGAUACCUGAGGGCAUUUAAGGUUUGAUAGAAAUUCUUCCUUCUUAGUCAGUCAGUGCUGGAGUGCUGACAAUGUCUAAUGAAGAUCACUACUUAUAGGGACAGAUUACACUAUUUUCUGGCCUAUGUUAAUAUGUUUCCUCAUCACAGACAUAUGAAUAGUUUAUGUUUCAUUCACACGUUAAACAUAAAAACCCUGUAUAUUUAUGCUGAAUUCUUCGCUUGAACAGAAAACACUCUAUUCUACCUUGUGAUGUCAUGUCGUAAUCUAGGCAGGUACUCCACUGUGUUUUUAAACUCCAUACAUCUUCACUAGAAUCACCCGGAUUAUUUUGUCCUUAUAAUUGCCAAUCUCUACUGAACAAAAGGUAAAAGGAGCUGUUAACUUGAAAACCAGCGCUUCGUGACAGCACAAGGUGGAACAGAGCAUUCAGAGCUUUGGAGAUGUAGACAGACUCAAUAUUUUUGAUGAGGUAACAUGACCUGAAGCUCUUAAAAGUAAAUUUUAUAUAAUAUUGGACCUUUGAUAGUGUUAAAGGUCGAAGCAUUUGUUCGAUGUAACAGUUUUCUUACUUGAGUUUUAUCACUGACUACUCCAUAUGCACAGGAGCAGUUAUAUCACAUGUCUGUUCUGAAAACUGAACGGGUACAGCUAGAUGUUUCAAAUAUUUCUCAUUAUAAAGUUUGAUAUUAGCUUUACCAAUUUUAGAUGCAGUCGUGUGAAAUACUGUAAAUAUUGAUGUUUGAAAAUGUUAUAGGUUUUGUUCAAGAAUAAAAAGGUCAACUGUGCCUUCCCUCUUCCAGUGAACUUAGUUGGGGCGAAGUGUUGUUAAAGCUGACUUUCUUUUUGAUUCAAGUAAUACUUUCUGUGGUACAUUUGAUUUAUUUUUGCAUUCUAAACCCAAACAGUCUGGCUGCUUUGUGAGAGACAAAUCUUUUGUAUCCAUUCAUGUCAAAGAGCCAAAAGACUGGCUUCUGUCAAAUAAAUAAACCACAAAAGAGUUAAUUUGAGGACAUCAAAUUCUCAAUGAAUUACAAACUAUUCACAAAGGAAAAUGACGAAGGCUAAGGGUUCAAACUGAGGGUGGGAGUGUGUUUAUCCUUUGAAAUGGUGCA